AACAAUUGAACACAAGCAACAACCACAAAACAACAGCAACAACAACAACACGGAUCAAUACCAAAGAUGGAGGCGAAAUUCUUGGCUAGCGCUCUUUCAUUCCUCUCGAUAUUUUUAGCGAUUUAUGCUCAAUCAGUUGGGCCAGAUUCCUUGGUGCCAAAUUAUGACCAUGUGGAGCGUCAAAUGAAAUUCUACGAUAUUCGAUCGCCGCUGGUGCUCAGCUGCAAUGUGAGAAAUGUGGAUUCCACUGAUCCGCUCAUAUGGAAAAAGGAUGGCGUCAAUGUGACGGAUGAUACAGAUCUGAGAGGUCGCUUCCGGCUGAUCAAUGCCGAGAGAAAGUUCAUCAUCGAUAGGGCGGAAGAAAGGGAUCAUGGCCUCUAUAGCUGUGAGUUCAAAGGCGCGUCCAAAGAUAUACAUGUGAUUGCUCGCAUUGUUGUACGAGUGCCUUCAAAUACGGGUGUUGUCGAGGGUGAGAAAAUGAUGAUCACCUGCGCGGUUGCUGGCAGCAAUCCCAAAUUGUCAUGGAGCUUUGUUUUACAUUCAGGCAAUUACUCACAAGUAGCAAAUAGCACAGGUCGUUAUAUACUGAAACCGGACGAGGAGAGCAAAGUGGAGAAUGCCAUUCUAAUGGUUGAGAAUGUAACAUUGGACGAUAGAGGCGAGUACAAGUGCCAUGGACGCAACGAGGCCAAUGAUUAUGGUGACAAUAGCACCGUUGCCACCGAUUUUACAACCGUUCGUGUUAAGGGUAAAUUCGCCGCCUUGUGGCCUUUCCUGGGCAUCUGUGCUGAGGUGCUGAUUCUCUGUUUGAUCAUUCUCAUCUAUGAGAAGCGACGCAACAAGAGCGAACUGGAGGAGAGUGAUACUGAUCCCCAAGAACAGAAAAAGAAAAGGAGAAAUUAUGAUUAAAAUUCCUAAAGACAGCCUCAAGAAACGAAAUAUUGCGCAUAUAAAUACAAAUUGAGAAGAAAGCAUUAUAUUAUAUACAUAAUAAACAUACAAUUAGCGAAAUGAGUGUUGUCACAGAACCCACCCCCCACCUUCUCUCUACCCCAUUCCCCCUACCCGUUCUUAAACCAUCAGUCCAAACCCUUGCUUCCCGUCCCCCAUUUCCUUUUAUACCCAUUCAACAUCUUAAAAUAUUGUAUGAAAGAACUUUGUUUAGUCA